AUGGAAGAAAGUUUCAAUAAUAUAUAUUUCAAAGGGGAAGUCUAUUAAAUAAACAGCUAAGUCUUAGAUUAAGCAAAUUAAUCAACAAUUUCAAAUCAUAUGAACAAGUUUAUGAAUUUGUAUUUACAAGUAAUAAUAAUUAAAUUUGAUUAAGAAAGUUCAUUUGUAAAUGUAAUUAUAUAAAUGUGAUACUGAAGAAUAAUGUCAUUAUUAUGUUGAAUAAUUGAAUAAAUAUUUACAAUAAUUUUGUGCAGCUGGAAAUGAGUUUAAUAAUUAUAAGAAAUUCUCUUUAAACUUUAAUUGGAGUGAAUAUCAUAAAUAGAACUUCAUAACUAGAAUACUUUAUGAUUCCAAAAUUUAUGAUACUAUAAUGACAAUCAAAGAUAAUUAUUAAAGUGAGGGAAUUGAGAAAUUGGUUAAUUUAAUCAAAUCAAAGUAAAAUAACAACUCACAAAAAUAGUAAAAACAACAAGAUAGAAUAUUGUUGCGAUCUUGUUUAUUAAGAAUAAACUAUAUAAAUUAAAACUCAUUCUGAUUUAAUGAGAUAUUGGAUAUAAUAUAGUUAAUGUGAAGAUUUAGGCCUAGAUGAAAUUAUGGAUUUCGAAAGAAGAUUAGAAAAGGCUAUCACUGGAUUACCUGAAACAGAGAAAUAGCUGCCAACUAUUCCAUUAAAUUGGGAAUAAUAAAUACUUUCAAAAAAGAAAUGA